AUGAAAUCACCAGAAACUGGUCAGAAAAGAGAUGUGUCCUUCAUACAGAUGAUGAUCUCCUCUGAAAACUGGUCAGAACAGAGAUGGAGUGCCAGAAACUUGCCAGAAGCAUCUGUGUGCCACCAAAACAAACAUAUGCUGGAUGAGGUUAAAUUCUGCUUUGUGCCUGUUGAAGCAAUAGUGGCCAAGAAGAAUGUGGCUGCAAUUUGUGGGACUACGGGCACAAAAUUGUGCACUAUUAGACUGAAGUUUAGUAAUAUGUUUGAAACAUUCCUGCUCAAUAUAGCAUAUGCAUCAAUCUUGUUAGGAGGAUUUCUCUUUAAUAUUAACAAUAGAGAAUCUGUGGAGCCACGCUGGAGGCCUGGCACCCAAGGGCGGGGAGCUAGGGGUGGUCGGGGAAAAUUUUCACCUCAUAAUAUAUCACAUGAUGCUGCUGGUAGCAAGAAUUCUGGUACCGGAAAAAAUGAUGGAACUCAUCAAGCCACUGAGAAAGUUGUGCCACCUAUGGCAGCAUCUCAAGAGAUAAUAUCUAAAGAAAAAAGUUCUGGAACAAGCUCUGUACCCGUUAAUGCCAAUGGUCCAACAAUUGUAGUUUCUGGAGCUAUUAGUGUUUCAAGUCCUUCCCCUUCAUCUGCUGGAACUGGAGACAGAUUGGGUCCAUCUUCUGGUGAUAUUAAUAAUUUGAAUAGUGCUUCUCCUUCUUAUAGUUCAAGUAAAGUUGCUGCAGUUGCUUCUGGAAGCACAUCAAUUCCUUCCUCCAGCAUACACUCAGGAUCUGGACCAGCAUCUUCAUCGGCUGCUUACUUUUCUUCUUCAGACCCCGUACUGGUUCCAUCUGAAGAUUUAUGGUUUCCUGGUGCUGUUGGUGCAAUUAGACGAGAAGUGGGAAACCUACACCCUCCUGGGGAAUUAAAUGCUGUUAACUCUGCCGAGAACAAAUUAACUGCUGCUUCUGAGACUGGUAGCUCUUCUGUGCAAGGAAAGAUUCAAGGCAAAUCCCAGGGAGCAGCAAAGAAUCAUGUUACUGAGAUGUCACCCACUUCAUCAACAGUAACUCAUAGUAGCCCUUCAACUAGCAGACCUUCUUCUAAUUACAGUAGCCGAUCACAACAAUUAAUUGGCUCUCAAAAAGGUAAUUUAUUUAUCUCUGCUGUUCAUAAGAAAACCUCCUAUGCCUUUCAGAUUUGUAUGGAUGCUGCUCGUGCUGGUUCUAAUAAGGAGUGGAAACCAAAGCCAACAUACACAAAUAAUCAGGGUUCUGGACCAGCUAAUGCAUCUGAGGCUCCUGUUUCAGUUGACCCAGUUAGCCAGUCACAAUCUACAUCUAGAGUCCUUGACUCUGAAGAUGCUACUUCAAAACUUCAGAGGAAGCUGGAGGAUUUUCAUCUCCCACAGCGUCAACAUGUUAUACUUCCAAACCAUAUCAUUGUACCCGAUUCUGAAAAGAACAAGUUUAGCUUUGGAAGUUUGGGAGUCGCUUUUGGAGUUAAUACAACCUAUGUUAGUGGCCCAGAGAGUGAAAAGAGUUCUACACCUGUUUCGGAAACAUCUCAGACUAUUGAAGAAACAGUGGAGGAACAGGAUUCAAGUCAAAAUGCUGUGGUUACUUCUGAGGUUGGAGAUUAUCCUGAUCAUCCACAAUCACCCAGUAAUGGAGCUGAGAAUUUGUCAUCCAUUGAGGUUGAUGGUUCAUCCAGUGCUAUUCAAGAGUAUAAUGAGUCCAAGCAAGACACUGCUUUGCCAUCUGGAGGUCAUCAGUACUCAGGGGUACUUACUUCUCCAAACUACAGUUUUGGUUUUGUGCCCCCUAUGUUGGGUACUCAGCUUACACCGUUUGACAAUUCUGAGUCUCAAACACGUGAUGCUUCACGGCUUCCUAGUUUUAUUGUUCAUCAACAAUUGGAUCCAAGUAGUUACUAUGCCCAGUUUUACCGCACAGGUGCUGAUAGUGAUGGCCGUCUCUCUCCUUUUUCUUCUGCUGGGGCUAACACCAAGUACAAUGGCAAUGUUACAGUGUUUCCAGCUCCAACUUCUCAAUCUCCUCAAGAGGGAGGUGUGUUGUCCACCGCAGGUCCAGCACCACUUGUGACUCAAGCUGCUGGGCUAAUGCAAAGCUCAAUAGCCGUUACACAACAGCCUGUCCCUGUCUUCCGACCCAGUGGGGCUGGCACUGUAUAUCCCCCUCCCCCAGCUGUGGCUCCUGCAGGAAUGAAAUAUCCCCUUCCACAAUUCAAACCCGGCGCAAAUGCUGCAAACCCAACUCACCUUGUAAUGCCAAGUGCCUAUGGUGUAUAUGGCUCCUCUGCUGCUGGUUACAAUCAUAAUUCUGCAGCAGGUGCAGGGAAUUCAACCUCCAAUGAGGAUCUUGGUUCCUCUCAGUUCAAGGAAAGUAAUGUAUACGUCAGUGGACAGCAGAGUGAAGGUUCAGCAGUGUGGGUGGCUGCACCUGGCCGAGACAUUACCAGUAUGCCCACUAGUACAUUCUACAACCUCCCACCUCAGGGCCAGCAUGUGACUUUUGCCCCAACUCAGGCUGGCCAUGGCACCUUUGCUGGCAUCUAUCACCCUGCGCAAGCAGUGACAGCAGCAACAGUUCAUCCACUGCUACAACAAUCCCAGACAAUGGCUGGAGGAGUUGAUAUGGAUUGUGUCCAUCGCGUCAUUGAUGUACCAACACUGAUGGAUGUUUUGGGUGUGUAUGGUGACAUGUCAAACGUGAAUGAGUACACACAAACCUCACGAUUAGUGUUACGUGGGUUGGGAAUUGGGAAGAAGAAGAAGAAAAGGUUGGCUUUUGCCCCAACACACCGCGAGUGA